GUUGGCUGAAUAUACACUUCUACAAGAGAUUAAGCUGAGGUAGCUAAAAGAGGGAAAGAAGAGUUCAGAGCUUGUUAAUUAAGAGAGAAAUAAGUGAAAAGUUUCUUGAAAAUGUCGGAAGCAGCAUUAAUGGAGGCAAAAUCAAGGCUAGGAAGCACUGUUUUGGUGCCUUCUGUCAAGGAAUUAGCGAAGGAGCAAUUUAUUUCCAUACCACCAAGAUAUGUUCACCAUGAUCAGCAACCUCCCUCUACUGUCAUCGACACCAAUUCUUUACCCCAAAUUCCUGUCAUUGACAUGGCUAAGUUACUUUCUCAAGAAUUUAUGGAUUCUGAGCUCCAAAAAUUCCACCAUGCUUGCAGAGACUGGGGUUUCUUCCAGUUAGUGAAUCAUGGAGUGAGCACAGAACUGUUGGAGAAAGUGAAGGUAGAGACUGAAAAAUUCUUCAAUCUUCCAAUGGAAAAGAAGGAGAAACUUUGGCAAAAAGCAGGAGAAAUUGAAGGAUUUGGACAGCAUUUUGUUAAUUCUGAGGAGCAGAAGCUUGAAUGGGCUGACCUCUUUUACGUUGUUACUCUUCCACCACGUUCCAGAAAACCUCAUCUAUUCGACAAUUUCCCUCCCUCCUUCAGGGAUACCAUUGAAGCUUACUCAGAAGAACUGCAAGGCGUUGCCAAUAAAAUCUUUAAGCUGGUAAUAAAAGCUCUUGGAAUAAUGGAAGUUGAUUACAUAAGAGAGUUAUUUGAAGAAGGAUGGCAAGCAAUGAGAAUGAAUUACUAUCCUUCAUGUCCACAACCAGACCUUGUGAUUGGCCUGAAGCCUCAUUCUGAUGCAACUGGCCUCACCAUCCUCUUCCAGCUAAACGACAUAGUGGGACUUCAGAUAAAGAAAGAUGGGCUAUGGAUUCCUGUCAAGCCCAUUCCUAAUGCCUUUAUCAUAAACAUUGGAGACAUGUUGGAGAUUGUGACAAAUGGAAUUUACCGCAGCAUAGAACAUCGAGCAACUAUAAGUUCCAACAAAGAGAGGCUUUCAAUUGCUACCUUUCACAACCCAAAGUUUGACGCAGAGUUGGUUGCUGCUUCAAGUCUUGUUACUCCACAAACCCCACAAGCUUUUAAGAGAAUGAGCGUUUCUGAUUAUUUUAAAGGCUAUCUUUCUCGUGAACUCGAUGGAAAGUCAUUCAUUGAGUUCUUGAGGAUUCAAAAUGAUCAAAUCAAAAACAACUGAACCAAUAUGUAUUUUCUCGCAAUAAUUAAAGGUUUGAUCAUCAAAUAUAUAGUUAUAUAGGGUGUAAUUGCACAAUUAGUGCAAAAAUAAUAAAAUGCACCAGAUAUUGGUGUAGGAUUUCAAAUUCUCUGUUUCCCAUAUAUGUCUCUUAAUAUCAAGGUUGUACCUUCCUAACUCAGUAAGAAAUAUGUGGUUGCAAUUAUA